GCUGGCUGGCAUAAUUUUUUAGGGUUCUACAGGGGUUUUUCUCUACAGUCGUCAUCGAUUUGAUCGCUAGGUGAGAUCAGAGAAUUGAAAGUAGCUUCUGAUUUAGAGUAUAUAGAUACAAUUUGUAUAUUUACACAAUUGUAAUUAGAUGGCUGCGUAUCAGCCUAUUAGAGGAAGCGGGUCGGGUUUACAGUUCCUGAAUCAUCCAUUUGGGGAUACUACCUAUACAAAGGUGUUCGUUGGAGGGCUUGCAUGGGAGACACAGAGCGAGACGCUGCAUCGUUAUUUUGAACAGUUUGGGGAUAUUUUAGAGGCUGUUGUCAUCACUGAUAAGCAUACUGGGAGAUCAAAAGGCUAUGGAUUUGUAACGUUUCGCGAUGCUGAAGCUGCAAAGAGGGCUUGUGCCAAUCCUAGUCCAGUUAUUGAUGGUAGAAGGGCAAACUGUAAUUUGGCAUCACUUGGUCGGGCCCAUCUGCCUUUGCCUUUUGGACGUCUGAGACCAGCAGCACCCUUCUUUGGGAGCCCCCAGGGGGGACCGUAUGUUGGAAGCCCAGGUUACCGGCAACCUGUUCCUUACAACUAUCAGCAAUUCCCGUAUUCCUUAUAUGGGUAUCCACCCUAUGGGCCCGAAUAUGUCCUACAUCAGGUCCCUUAUAAUCCUUACAUGGGUCAGCUGCAACAUAAUCCUCAAAUGUUUGGCAUACCUGGCGCGAUUAACACAAAUGUUUUUCCGUAUGGUCAAAUGGGCCCUCCUCCACCUGGAAGCCCAGGGCAUAGAGCGCUUCAGGGGAUGGUAACACCUGGUCCUCAUGUUCUGCCAUAUCCUAGACCAAGUGUCAGUUUGGCAACAACAGAAGCUGUUCCAAUGUCUCCGGCACCAUACCUUACGGGCAUCCAGGGUACAGGAUCUUCUGCGUGUGCAGCACUCAGCUGAUAAACCACUUCCUUGUGUGUGUCAGUCAAAACUUGUGCCAUAUCUAUGGAUUCACCAAUAUGGAUGUGAUAUUGGGUAUAUUGGAUAUGAUGUAUGGCUGUUACUUUAAAAGCACAAUAUUUUACUUCUCUUUGGGGAUUUUGGAUAAUAUGUAUGCUGUGUGUUAACACACAGUAUACCACGUAGGAUGAGUUUUCUAAGUAUAUAUUAUUUUACAUUUUAGAUUUUAGAAUAUUAAUUGGAAGAACAAAAGGGAUAGUUAUUUAUUACAUAAUUAUGCAACUAAAGACUUUGGAAAGAUCUCCAUCAAGCAUGACAUUUCAAAAAGAAACAUUUUUGUUUUUUCAAAUUUAAACACACAUCUCUCUUAAAAUGGUCUGAAUACUAUUCAUAUGAAGGUUUGUAUGUGUAUAUUUCAUAUGAAACAUGCAUCAUGUUUGUGUAUGUAUAUUUUUCCUUUCAAUCUCUUGUAGUUAAAAUGCCUAAAUUGGAAAUUUUGGCAUUGACACCGAAGUCAACAUCCUCUACCUGAAGGAGAACUCCACUAGGUUCAAUGCUUAAGGGGUCAAUUUUAAUCAUCAAUAUUCUCAUGCCUAGAAUCUUCUCAUGAGUUGCUAAUGUGGUUACAAAGCUGUUUCAUUGGUGAUGGCUUGAACAUUAGCUGGCAUUCUUAAAGCUGCUUAUGGUCAUGCAUCUAGACGCAAGCCUAAUCUUUGGGGUCUUGUGGUGGGUGAGACACAUUAACUGUAUCAAGGUGUGUGUCUUGGCUGUUGAGGCUCAAGCACGUGAGGUAUGAGGUGCAUAAGGCAUGGGGUUGAUUGAAGCGAAAUGAAGAUUGAUCUUUAUGGAAUUCUUAAUGAAUAAUUUUUUUUUUGUCUUGGAAUCUUUUUAGUUUUAAAUGGAGUAUGAACCAACUAAACCUGUAAAGAAGAUAAACGAAUGAAGCUAAAAGAGAAAGUUUUGAGUCUGUUAAUCAACAUUAGACCAUUUGAUUACAAAAAGCCACUUUUCAAGACAACUGCUGAACAAGACUGAAGGGUACGUCCCUAAAGUGGAUGUAAGACCAGAGCUUUUAAUACAAAGUUGCCAAUUGUUUCCUCCUACAACUGUAAACAACUUAAUAAAUUGAACACGGGAGUUCCAAAAACAUGAAGUAGAUCCAUGUGAAGAAUGCCACUAUGCACCAUGAGAACCGUCAUAUCCUUCUUUAUACUUCCCCCUUGUUGCUACCAUUUCGGAUCCUGUCCUUGACCUCAUCUCAAAAACGUUGUUGCGAUGAUGUUACCAUCUCUUAGAUUUUCCGAUUCAGUAAGGUCCUCAUUGUGGUUAUAUGACCAAUAACUCCACCCAUCCUCAUAGAGGCAUUCUCUAAGGAAGUUAUCACGAGUGGCAACCAGGUUGCACCUUCCUACUCAAGUUCCAGUUUUGUGGAAACAGGAUUCUGCCGGUCUUGAGGGCUAGAGUAGACUUGCCCGGAAGUUGAAAUCGUUCUUGAGACCAUGACUAUCAUGGCAGUGCAAAUGGAGAAAGGGUUUAAUAUAUCUGGUAAAUGCCUCCUUGGUGAUUCCAGUAAGAUGCACUGGAGAAACAGAUAGCAAGGUGAGAUCAUUGGUUGUGGGUAAGAAUUGUCCUCUUCAAAGGAAGUCGGUUGUAACAUGUGCAUUCCUUUUGCAAUAUCGGGUUGAUAAGAACUUAGCCGUAUAAUAGAGACUGCUGUGAAGAACAAAGGUAUAUUAGGACCGACUAUAUAUAGCAGGAUAACACAUUGGAUUUUUUUAAUCUUGCAUAGGAAUAUCAAAGUGCCAAAUAGUAAAUUUAGCACAUUAAAUUUGAUUGACCACUCUCUGAAUGGUCCAAAGUUAUAUAUGGGGAAAUAAACUUUUUCUCAAAGAACUCAAAGAAGUCCCCUCCGACAGUGCAACGAAUCAUCCACUUAAAAGGACCCUCAACAUGCAUAUAUUUUAGAUGGAUACAUACUUAUAUAUAGCCAGGUUCAUACGAGAACAAUAACCAAACAAGAGAAUAAGAAAACGGUCGAAUCACAUGUGAUUUUACACUAAAAUCACGUGUAGAAUCAUAUGUGAUUCACGCGACUUUGGCUUUGACCUUGAGGUUGCGGGCCACGUCACCCUUACACCUCACGUGGAGUGUUAGUGUAAAAUCACAUGUGAUUUGGCCAUUUUCGUGUUCUUUUAUUUAGUUACUGUUCUCGUUUGAACCUCCAUCUACUUAUAUAAAAAUCUUGUGGUUGUAUGAAACCAUGUGCUAUUGCUCAAAUCCGUAGUCAAUCCUGUUUCCGCACCUUGUUCACCUGGCUUGCCCACUUCCUUGCGUGCAUCAUCACCCCCUUGCACGCAAGGAAGUGAACAUAUACAACCUCCGUCUUUCGGACUAAUGGUUAAAAACCAGGUGAAUCUUUUUCUUUAUGCAUUGUUUACAUUAAUUUUUUUAUUCAGUAAUAUAUGCAUGGUAAAGUGACUUGCAAAGUUGCAAAAUAAACCUUGUCUGAAAAAACAGCCAUAGAAGGAUUGGCCAUAGAACCAUUCCAAUAUAAAUGCUGGUUAUUACUCCUUGCAUUGUGUGUUCAUCUCAACAUCAUAUUUAGGAAUUAAGAUUAUUAGGAGGUGUGGCUGCAUAAGACCUUUGCUCUUCGAGGUGCCUUGCACUUUAAAUAACACUUGUCGUACUAGAGUAUAGUAGGAAAGAAAUUGUCUGCAGUGAUGAAAACACCCUAACCCGGUGAGUUAAUUUUCUCUAUAACAGCUAAAAGUACAAAUUAAGAAAGCCAUCAAUCCGUUUCGUGCAUUUACCUUAUAUAGGACUAGUAUUCUCUACUUACAUGAAAGCACUUAAUUGGGUUUGAUUCUAACAAAAGACACACCCAGCCCAAUAUUUUGUAUAUCUUCUCCUGGUUUUUCACAGCAUGCUCCAUCCUAGUCAGGGAAGCUGACGAUGGAAGCCUCUCUGCAAAAAUCUUUACUUAAAACAGCUCUGAAUCCUCAUCAACAUCAGUAUCCUUGUAAGGGUCGCUAAAAAGCAGAUGGUGUGCAGAUUGAAAUUUAGUUUCAGGCUGGCAACUUGUCAAUACAUCACCUCUUUAUUCCAAACUUCUAGGAUGAAGAGUCUAUUUAGUUGGUAAAAAGUAUCAUUGAGUUAGUUGCUUUCAACAUUUACCUAUUUUCCAAACAUGCUUUCCAUUUCGACCUUCUCCAAAAUGUGGUUUACAAUGGGCAGAUGGAUAUUCAGUUCAGAUCAGAAACUGAUGGGGAGGUUGUGUUCUUAUUUGCAUCUCUUUUGAGGGUGUAGGAUGCAUUAAAUUAGUAGCAUUGAUAUCUUAGUGCGACAUUUUGUCCAUUUUAGUAUAUUUUCUUGUGAGCCUUUUGGAUUUGAUACACUUGGAUUCCUAUCUUAGAUCCAUCUCUGAUCAAACCACCACGUAUGGCAUAUAUAUUGUUUUUUUUGAUUAACCUGGAUACACUUGUUUUGUUAUUACCAAGUAUAACCUAUUAAGAGCAAUAAUUGGAGAGAGAAGUUAUAGCAGUCGAGAAUAAGCUCGACACUAUUUUGUAGGACGGAUGGUUAUAGAUUUGUGGGAUUGUUGAAGUUCAUGACUUCCUUUUUUGCAGCUGUCCUGUUUCAUUGGGAUUAUGUUUGGCAACUAAUUAGCCGUAUGCUAAUUUGAAAGAAACCUUUCUCAACAAGCUCAGAUGAUAAUGUUAUACACUGUUUUCAGAUUUUGCUAUCAUUUGAACUAUAUUAUGUUGUAGAAGCUACCAUCCUAAAACUAAAGUAGAGAGUACAUUCAUAGAGGUCAAGGGAAGAAACUGACUAAUGCAAAAUUCUGAUGGAGUCUGGCAGUGUGUAACAAUGCUUGUUGCUUUAGCUACAUUUUUAAAUGAGAAAACAUACGUAUGAUGUGUCACUGCCAACGCAGGUUCAACUCUUCGUGUAGACAUUGUUUUCCUCUUAUGUAUCUAAAGUAGCCUGUAGCAUGCUUAUUCCAUGCAUCUCUUCUUUUUAUUUGUCAAAAUUGUUAUUUGUCAACUUGUGUAUCAUGAGAAAAGAAACCGAUUUAUCUAUUAUCACUUACAAGUGACCACAGUAUUGACACAGAAUUUUGACCACUAUUAUUUAAUUGUUAUG